CCCUAAUAUCCAGGAGAGAUCUCCUUGAUGUCAUAUUCCAAGAUGGUGUGAUGUACUUCGCAGGGAUGACAUCAGUCAAUUUACCCAACAUUCUGACGUACUUCUGUGGUUCAGAAAUCAUCAGAGGCAGCCUGAGUUCAUUUACUACUUGCAUGUCUGUCACUCUCAUCUCUCGCCUGAUGCUCAACCUGCACGGAUGUGUCGACACUGGCAUUUUUUCUUCCCCUGCCGAGACCAGCCUCGAGGUCCUUACCACCAGGGUCGACGUAGAGUUUGCGAUUUCCUCGGACCAUUGGUAGGCUGGUACUGGAUUCUGUUUAUGGAUGUGAAGUGUCGUUGGAAAUUAAAAACGGUUCUUUGAGUCUUUUUCUUGAACGCAGCAUGGUAUGCGGGCUCGAUAUCUAUGUAGAAACGGCUCAUUUAGUGUGUAUAGUGACGACCUGUUUCCAUUCCGAAGUAGAUUGACUCCCAACAGGGCCGAGUCCCUGAACAUGUCAAUUACUGAUCACU